CGCCGGUUUCAUUGAAAACCCGCCCGGACUGUUAUUGACGCGCACGCGUAUUAAGGCCCAACAAAGGGCCGAAAUAAGAACGGUUCGCAAGUGAAUCUGAUGUAUUUAUGUCAUAAAAAUGGUGAAAUCUGUGAAGUGGCGAGUAGAAAUUAGGAUAUUCGACGUGUCGAAUCAUGACCGAGGCAUCUGAAAAUGUCUGCGUGGUGCGUGUCCGCGCGCAGGUGAUGUGUCGCGACGAGGGCACGGGCGGGUGGGUCGCGCUGAGCGGCGGCGGGCUCGCCGACGUGAUGGUCGGCCGCCGGGAGGGGAGAUUUGUUACCGAGUCGUCUUCCCCCCUGGCAGGCGGCCAGGCGGCGAGCGGGAGCAGCGACACAACAUCGGCGUCGGGCGCGGCACCCGUGCUGCCCUACGAGUAUUAUAUACACGGGAAACGGAUUAGCGACAAUACGGUGGUCCUCGAAUGCACGAUCCAAAAGGACUUCCAGUACCACAAGGUGAUGCCAACAUUCCACCACUGGCUCACUGAGGAGAAGCGUUUCGGCCUAACGUUCCAAACGGCGGCCGAUGCACGAGCGUUCGACCGCGGCGUUCGGACCGCGCUUGAGGAACUGUUAGACGGAUUCCUACACGGUCUGGGUGGCUCGUGGCCCUCACACUAUUCGUAUAAACUGCGAAACCAAGAGCGGAAAGACGAUGACGAAGAGAACAAUAUAUUCGAAUGCCUCAACCUGCCGACCGACUCGCGGUCCAGCUCGGAGAACUCCACAGCAUCCCGUCGGCCGCGGGAUGAUCUGCAGACGCCGAUACUCUCCGCGAUCACGCUGCCGAGACAUCCGCGUGAAUCGUUAAAACAGUACGAGACUCAAUUCGCGGAGAAAUCGAUAGAGGACGAUCCAGAUCGCUGUCCGUACGUUCAACUGUCUGCUGUCCACGAGUACACGUAUCCACAAGUGAGUCCGGGCGGCAUCAUUACAUCAGAGAAAUCAUCGCCUAACACCAAGCCAGCUUUGUUGAAGAGGGAUUCAGGAUCUAUAAAGAAAUGCUCGUACAGUGGACCCCCACCGCUACCAGACAAGAAACCCGCCGAGACGUACCAAGCUAGAUUGAAAUGCAGGCAUUGCCACGAAUGGUACUUAGAGAGUGCGAACGGUAAUGGCGCCUGUGAAUACGCGCCUGAUUGCUUCAAGUCUUGCAUCGAUCAUGUCAGCUGUAUUCAGUGUGCUCAGUGUAUGCUAUACCACUGCAUGUCGGACUCGGAGGGCGAUUUCGCGAUGCAUCCCUGCGCCUGCGCACCGCCAGACGAAAAUUGCACUAAACGGUGGAUCGGCAUAACCCUCCUCAGCCUGAUAGUACCGUGUCUCUGGUGUUACCUGCCUCUCCGCUGUGUGCACCGAGCUGCUCGCUCAGCCCGGGUGGCUGGUGGGCCUCACGCUCCCAUGAGGAAAUAGCAUACACGAGUAGAGGAAGACCGAGAAGGUGGAAGAACAGUAGAAGAACGAUGAAAAUAUAGAAAAAUACACAAGAAGAUGGUUUAAUAGCUUGAAAAAGGUGGUUUAAUAGCUCGAAGGAGUUGGUAUAAUAGCUUGGAAAAUUGUGUUUUUAAAGAUACAGUGAAAAAAUAAUGAAAACAUAGUAAAGUAUCUAAGAAAAUGGUUUAAUAGAUCGAAGAAGAUGGUUUAAUAGCUUGGAAAAUUGUAUUUUUAAAGAUACGGUGAAAGAACGGUCGGUAAAAUAUACAAGAAGAUGGUUUAAUAGCUUGAAAAAUUGUAAAAUAUACAAGAAGAUAGUUUAAUAGCUUGAAAAUUUGGAUUUACAGUGGAAGAACUAUGAAAAGAUACUUAAAUAUCCAAGAAAAUGGUUUAAUAGCUUGAGAAUUGGAUUAUACAAGAUGGAAAUAUAUUUGGAAGGCAAAAAUUAACGUUUUAUGAGUGUAUAGUCAAGAAUGAAGUGGUCGAUUGGUUUAUAAAGAUACUUUGCUGUGUAGCGUGUUCACAAUGUGAAAAUAUAGUAAAAUACCCAAGGAGAUGGUUAAUAGCUUGGAUUUUGGGUAAAGAUAGCAGAGAUGAAGAUAUUUAUCAGUAUAAGGAAGCUUCUGGAUGAUCUUUGAAGAUACUUGCUUGUGUAAUAUGCCGAACAACUCAUUCAGCCAUAAACACCUUAUUAGUCUGGUGUUAGUCCUUUGAAGAUGGGAUUUUUGUGUGUGAAUAGUGACAAGUGUAGCGAGUUUAUUGUAUGAAGAAUAUGCUUAUGGAAUAUCAUUGAUAAUGGCGUCUUUUUGAAAAGAAGCAAGAGAUCUUUGAAGAUGGAAUUGACACCUGUCUGUAUGUUCUUUGCACCAAGCAUCUCGUUCAAACAAGUUAUCUAACUGAAAUAUUUAUUAAAAAUCAUAUAUAAUUUGGUAGGGAGGAAAUUUUGGAUAAAAAUAUGUAGAUUGAUGUGGAAUAGCAAGAUCGAUGUUUGAAAAAUGGAGACAUAUUGAAAUGAUGGAUAUAUCCAAAUUAAAUUUGUAUUAUACAAAUAGUAUGACAAGAAUUAUGUGUCAUAAUUGAGAAAUAACAUAGUUUUGAAGUUAAAAAACAAAUAUAUGUUACACAAUGUAUGGAGUUUUUGUAUGUUUCAAAAUGAAAGAACAGGCAGUAAUUUGUAGAAUUGAUAGUCGAAGAGAAAAGCAGAGCUAAUUUUGAAAUGGUUGCACCGAUAUUCAUAUAUACUAUUUAUUAGAUGUCUUAUAAGGAAUAUAUUUUCCUCAAAUUAAUAUAUGUAUAUUCAGUGAUAGAUAUUUUGCUAAAGUAUACAAGCAAGACAUUAAUCAAAGAAAGGAUCGGAGUAAAAAGUAUGGACUUUAAAAGUGUGUGGAUAAGUGUAUAUAAGAUGAGUGCAAAAGUGGAAAUUGGACUGGAGCAUAAAAAAAUCGUGUUGUUUCCUUCUAACAUACAUGAUUGUACUGUGCUAGAGUGGGACGCAGUGAUUUAUCAACAAGUAUGGACUACAGUUUUGAUAAAUUUUAAUGUCUUGUUUGUAAAUUUUAUGUGUUAAAGCAACGAUUUGUCAAUAGCAUAGUUGGUUGUUGUGAACAAAUGGAUUUAUAAAUUUAAUUUCAAUGAAAAUUCAUUAUAUAAGAGCUAGCGAGGAAGAGCAACUUUUGUCUCCGCAACUAUUUAGUCUCUCCCAUCAACUCUAUGGGCUAGUAAGAAAGUGCGCGCACAUAGAAUUGAUAGUUGCGGAUAGAGUUGAUGGGAGAGACAAAAUAGUUGCGGAUAGAGUUGAUGGGAGAGACAAAAUAGUUGCGGAUAGAGUUGAUGGGAGAGACAAAAUAGUUGCGGAUAGAGUUGAUGGGAGAGACAAAAUAGUUGCCGAGACAAAAGUUGCUCGUGUGCACUAGCUCUAACAGUUAAAGUGUUAUAGAUUUAUCACGUUCUAUGGGUUGUUGCUUGAAGUGAAAAAUAUAUAUAAUUGACGUAAAUUAUCAGUUACAUAGUGAUUAUUAUAUUAAUAUACUAUAUGUAUGUGUAACACAAAACAAAUAUUUACAAUUAAUAUGAAAUAAGGUAAUAUACGAAGAAUAGAUUUUAUUAUAUACGUAAAUUGUCUUAAGUUUCCUUAUAUUUUAACAAAAACGUACAAAUCUAUAUAAUGUCCAUGUUCAAAAUAUAAAACAAAUAUUAUAUUGAAAAUCUUCAAAAUAUCUAUUGUAGCAUUUCUGCAUUAUUCA